AAUCAUUGAUGCUUCCCAGAUACUGCAACUUCCUUGGGCAUGUAUCCGGUCUGGUGACUCGGUGCCGAGUAUGAUAUUUGAGUUCCUACGCUUUAAUUUACCAGAGUAUUAUUACUCUAACACGGAAGCAUCCCAUUGAAGCGCCGUCGAGGGAAUGGGAUGCAGGAAUGAUCCCCAAACUCAAAGUGGAACAACAAAUCUAUGAGGUGACAGUCAAGGACGAAGUGGAUCACACCUUAGAGGUUCUUCUGACAUCUGACGUUCCGGGUCUUGGCGCUACCGGUACUGUUGUUAAGAUACAUCGAAACAGGUUUUGGCGUUAUCUGUAUCCUUUACAGUUGGCUGAACUACCAACGGAAGACCGAGUGAAAUACUUUCACUCCCUGUCAAAGAAAAGUGGACGACCCACCUUAUGCGGGGAUGCUUACGAGUCGGAGCAGCGUUUACGCAACAUGACCCUGUACAUACCAAUGAAUCCAGCAGUCGACUGGCAAUUGAACCCAAAGCAUGUAAAGAUUGCUUUUCGGCGCUAUGGCUUUGUGGUGGACGAAGAAUCCAUUACCCUACCAAGUCAGCCAGUCACUCGGAACUCUUCCGCGUCCCCGUUUACUAUAUCUGUGAAGGCUGUUGAUCUGUCGCCCAGUAACCAGGCAGCAUUGGCUCACUUUGACCGAUACUACACACAGUCCUAUGGUCCUGUCGCCUGGUGUGCCAUGCGUGUGGCGCUUUUGAGUCCACCGACCAAAGUGGCCGUCCUCAAUCGAGCGUUUGAAACAUUUACUGAUGGGAAUGAAGAUUAUGCUAGACGGGAUCGUCUGGACCUGGUGAAGACAUUAUCUGGUUAUCAGUCUUUGCUGAGUCAAUCUGGUUCUACCGUCACUUCAAACACAGACCUUGACGAGGAGGCGACCGUUGCCGACGAACUUGCCGUGGCUGUUGAUCUGUCGCCCAGUAACCAGGCAGCAUUGGCUCACUUUGACCGAUACUACACACAGUCCUAUGGUCCUGUCGCCUGGUGUGCCAUGCGUGUGGCGCUUUUGAGUCCACCGACCAAAGUGGCCGUCCUCAAUCGAGCGUUUGAAACAUUUACUGAUGGGAAUGAAGAUUAUGCUAGACGGGAUCGUCUGGACCUGGUGAAGACAUUAUCUGGUUAUCAGUCUUUGCUGAGUCAAUCUGGUUCUACCGUCACUUCAAACACAGACCUUGACGAGGAGGCGACCGUUGCCGACGAACUUGCCGUGCCCCAUAGUCCAAGACAGUUUAUUGGUCGAGGUGGCAACCCAAUACCCGAAACUGUGAACUUGAAUGAAUUCGUUCCGGUUACUGAAUUUAUUGGUGAAAGUGAAAUUUUCACUAGAGAGUGCGAUCGAGAUGUGGCAUUCGCGCUAACCGACUUACGAACAAACGCCGCUUCCGGAGCCCGGUGGGAUCUCGUUGAUGAAGACUGGAAUCUCCCGGACGCACUUCGAGUAAAAUGUCCUAAACACGGGAAACUGGGCGGUUAUCACAAACCGACAUUUGUGAAUGGACAGUUCGACUUUUAUCCAAUCGACUUGGGUUCGGUGCUGGUAGUUCUGGCUCUCAAUUUGAAUCCCGGUGACACUUUGCUUGAUCUGUGUGCGGCUCCCGGCGGAAAGGCGGUCACUGCGUUGCAAACUCUCAAGCCUCGUCGACUGGUUUGCGUGGAUAAUUCACCUUCGCGUCUGCGACGCCUGCAGCAUGUCCUCAGCACCCAUGGACUCGUGGAUGCCCCUUCGGGCCCCACGGUCGAUGUGGUCCAUGAGUCUGGCUUUCACGAAUUCAUCAAGUCCACUUUGCCUGUAGAAGAACGACUUUUCGACAAAGUUCUUGUGGAUGUCCCCUGCUCCAGUGAUCGACACGCCUUAACAUCAGAUGAGGGCAGCCUUUUUUCGAAAGGCAAGUCGAAGGCACGGGCCAACCUUCCCGAGCUACAGUCGAUGCUACUGCAACGAGGAAUGAGUUUUUGUCGUGUUGGUGGCUCUGUCGUCUACUCAACUUGCACCCUAUCACCUGCACAGAACCAGGCUGUGAUCGAGCUUUGCUUGGACCGUGUCAACAGCGCUGACAAUGGUGCCCGGUUUGCGUUGUCGAGUCUGUUUCCCCUCAUUCGCUUGUUUGAACUGGCCCGACGCGAUCUCGGACUAAGUCUUCUCCCCGUGUUCGCCAGUCAAUCAGCUACUCAGCCAAUGGGUAUGAUUGUCGCCCCGAUCUUGUCAGCAAACUAUGGACCAACUUUUGUUUGCAAACUCAAACGUGUCUCUUAGCGAUAGCUGGUGUAGAAGACUUUGUAAUGUACAUAGAUUCCGUUAAUUUCGUUUCAAGAUUCUAUUUUGUCUCUUUGAAAAAAAUAAACAUGCACA